GGGUGCUGUUGAUUGACCUGUUCAAGACGGUGGAGAAGCUCUGGCGGGAGAGCAACCAUGGAAAGGAGGAUUGCUCAACGUUCUUCAUGGAAAGGGGGGCAUGGUUGGUCUCGUCUGGGGUGGAGGGGGGAUACAGCCCGGACGGAGUCCAGACGUGCCAUAUGUUCAUGCUGCGGGCGGAGAGCCCCACAGACUUGGCCGUGCUCCUGUUGCACCACGUGCACAUGCCUAUCCUCGUCAUCACGCACAUCAUUUGUCGUGUAGGACCGAUCGUCCACGGCCUCUGCCAGACGGCGGCGCCGAACAAAGGAGUUCUUCCCCGGGUUGGCGAGCCUGACGAGCAUGGCAUGCGGACGGUGGACAUCCCAGCACUAGCGCCUAUGGGAAAUUACUUUCUUGGCGCCGAUAAGGUUUCGAAGCCUGUACCGCAGGAGAAGUGCACUCGAAGCAAUGUGUACAAUCUCCUGCGCGAUGCGAAACCUUCUCCUGCGGUUCAACGGUUGGACUUCGGUCAGCUUCUCAGCGUUUCAUCAUGGCAGGAAGUAGAAGAAGGGGACACCGCCGUGGCCUUCGUGCUGCUUGCUCGGGCCCGUUUGCGGAACCUGCGCCGACAAAGCCACCACUCCAUGGACCUCUUUGAGGUAGUGGCUGUUCUGAACGUGCGCCUCACCAAGCUCGUGGCUGUCAUCAGAGAAGGACAAGACAAGGAGCUCCCGCCAACAGCACUUGUCGAGGAAGAGCAAGUAGUCAUGGGCUCGGUGCUGCAGACCUUAUCGGCGCAGAGCGUGUUCUCCACACGCGUUCUCGCGGUGGCGACUGGGUCAACCACCGGCAAGGCUCCGGAAUUCCUGCCUUCUCUCGUCAUCUUCGCGAACCUGAGGUUGGGCAGAAUGACCUUCGACCUGCGGCGCUCGACGACCUGGUUUUGACCUACGCCCGGGUAAGUACGUCUCCUUUGCGCCAAGGAGGAGUUCAUCGCGAGUGGACUUCAACCCGCCAAUGAGCGCGCAAGGAAGCGGGCAGAACUGGCUGUGCGCUCAGGAGCAUGCUUCGGGUCCGCGGUGCAGCGUACGAAAGACCUUCAGAUUCAGGUGGCUCACCAUCAACCGGGGAAAAGCGCUGA